GUCGCAGUUCUCAAUGCGCACGCGCGGCCGUCGGCGUGGUCCCCAUGGAGCUGCUUUAGCGGACCCGGCGACGCCGCUAGCUUCUGAGAUGAGCGCUGUCGAGGCCGACCGCUGGGCGUGGCUGCUGGUGCUCAGCUUCGUGUUUGGGUGCAAUGUGCUCAGGAUCCUCCUCCCGUCCUUCUCCUUUUUCAUGUCCCGGGUGCUGCAGAAGGACGCAGAGCAGGAGUCCCAGAUGCGAGCCGAGAUCCAGGGCAUGAAGCAGGAGCUCUCCACUGUCAACAUGAUGGACGAGUUCGCCAGAUAUGCCAGGCUGGAGAGGAAGAUCAACAAGAUGACGGAUAAACUCAAAACUCAUGUGAAAGCACGGACAGCUCAGUUGGCCAAGAUAAAAUGGGUUAUAAGUGUUGCCUUCUACAUAUUGCAAGCCGCCCUGAUGGUCUCACUCAUCUGGAAGUAUUACUCUGUCCCUGUGGCUGUGGUGCCAAGCAAGUGGAUAACUCCCCUGGACCGCCUGGUAGCAUUUCCUACGAGAGUCGCAGGUGGUGUUGGAAUUACCUGUUGGAUUUUAGUCUGUAACAAAGUCGUGGCUAUUGUGCUUCAUCCUUUCAGCUGAAAACGAAGAUAAAUUCGACUACAGCACUUUCAAGAACAAAUUUUCACUUAGGAGGUUGCAAGUCUGACUUAUCCUUUUUUUUUAAAGAAACACAAGCCACAGAUUAGUUGUUGUUGAACAUGUUUGUUCUUGGACUUCAUGUUGAGAUUCUUAGAAGAAUCACGAUUUUCUAUACUUGUCAUGGGCCGUGAAGGUCAGUCUCACACAUGUGCACUGGCCACCAUGGCACCAGAUUUGGGACGAGAAGCGUGUGACAUUAUGGGCUACACGUUGUUACUUGUGAUCGGCACUCGUGACAUGUUUUAAAGGUCAUCUUGCCAACUGGAAAGUCAGAUUUUUCUAGUAACGUAAGUGCUUUAAAGAGUUGGAGCUAUUUUUAAUCCCGAUUACCAAGUAGCUUAAUUUUAAUACCACUACUAGAAUUUGAAAAUCUGUGUUUUAAUUUCAUGCAGUAGUACUGGGAGAGUAACACUAAUUGACAGUGCUCUUUUCUUCCUCUGUUUCAAAUGUCAUUGUUGGGCAAACCUUCAGAUACUGUCUACGUAUUUGAAGCGAAUGUUUCAUUGCUGUGCUUUAUAAAUGUAUUCUUGAACCCAUAAUGCAUUGUUUUAUGCUUAAACUGUGUGUUUUAUAAAGUAUUUCCAAUGAAGGGUAUUUUUUAAAGCAUAUAAUUUUUAUGCUCUGUAGAAUGGAAGAAAGUUAAAAAACAAGCUAGGACCCCUGAUUAAAUUACUUUGAGUGACUGCUUGUUUGCCCCAUCAAGUACAAUUCUGCUACGUAUUUUUUAAAUCACUUUUUUCUAAUUAAAAUUUUUGCAAGCGCU